UGGCUGGGGGCGGGCGGCUGGGUGCCGUCACGUGGCGCGAAGCUUCCUUUCUCUGUGCGCCGCUCUUUCCUUCCUCAGCCGCCAUCUUGUUCUCACCGCGUGUUGGGCUGCGGAGGGGCCGCUGGACUCAGACACAACACUAUGAAUCAAGAAAAACUAGCCAAGCUUCAAGCUCAGGUCCGAAUAGGAGGAAAGGGAACAGCUCGCAGAAAGAAGAAGGUGGUGCACAGAACAGCAACAGCUGAUGACAAAAAACUUCAGAGUUCACUCAAAAAACUGGCAGUAAAUAACAUUGCUGGCAUUGAGGAGGUGAACAUGAUAAAAGAUGAUGGAACGGUUAUUCACUUCAACAACCCCAAGGUUCAGGCAUCCCUCUCUGCUAACACUUUUGCAAUUACUGGUCAUGCAGAGGCUAAACCGAUCACAGAAAUGCUUCCAGGCAUCUUAAGCCAGCUUGGUGCUGACAGCUUAACAAGUCUCAGAAAGUUAGCUGAACAAUUCCCAAGACAAGUGUUGGACAGUAAAGCACCAAAAUCUGAAGAUAUUGACGAAGAAGAUGAUGAUGUCCCAGAUCUCGUAGAAAACUUUGAUGAAGCAUCAAAGAAUGAAGCUAACUAAAUCAUUAAUAGUUCUGGAAGCUGGCAUGGACUAGAUUUAAGAAAUCAGCUAUGUGGUUCCAAAGUUUUAAAGAAACAGAGAACAUCAUCUGUUAAUAGUUCAGUAAUAUAAAUAUUUUGUAUUUUUAUGAUACUGUUUGUUCAGCAUUUUCUGUCAGUUGAUUUUGCAUUUUGCACUUACUCCCAGGAUCUACUCAUUUGGUCAAAACAAAAACGUCAGUGCAGUUUGAGGGAUGUGUGCAUGUGCGUGUGUGUAUGUGUGUGGGUGUGCAUAUAGUGGAGAACAAAUUGGAGAACACUUUUAUUUAACCAUCUCCCCUUUCUUUGGAAAGAAGAAAUAAAAUGAAUCUUCAGCAUUGUUACUUUUGAUUAUCACCAAAAAGUGCACCAAAUAGAAGGAGUAAAGUUAAGUUUUGUCCACAUUUUGUGACCCGAAUGCAUUACACCAUUUAAAGUUUGGGUUUAGUUUGCGUUAACUGUUGUACUUGAAGAUGUCAUCCGUGUUGAAAUGUAUACAAUAUUUGUUAUUAACCUUAUGUUGAUGCCCACGUGCUAACUUAGACAAGCUAUUUUACCAGCUUGUUUGAUACAGUAACUUUCUAAAAGAGAAAUCUUGGUCCCGGCAAAGUGUUCUUUUUUUUUUUCUCUCCUUUCUCAGCUUACUUUCUCAUUUCCUUAGUUUUUUGAGACAAGCUGAUGUUUGACUCCUUUCGCAUAGACUUAGCAGUAUGUUCUUCUGAUGAACAUGUAGACUAUAUUAGGUCAAAAUGAAAACAAACCCCUUGGUUUUCUACCAUCAGGUCACUUAGAAAACUUGGAGGUCUAGUUGGUAAUAGUCCAGUGCGCCAGUUUUGCACAAUAACAGAUUUUUGCUUGAAUAACUUCAGGCUGUUCUCUUGGCAUGACUGCAUUUACUAGCAGCUGAUGAUCCACUGUCGCUCUUAUGGCACUAGAAAUUAAAUGCACCAUGUGAGCAAUGUUUAAGGUGGGAGGAAAAAGUUGUUGACAUUUUGCCUUGCCUCCUGCUGGGCAGUUUGUGCAAUGACUAGCUCUAAAGGGAUUUUUUUUUUAUUGCCUGUAUUUUACCUUUGCCUAUAACCUACCUCUAGGUUUGGUGUCAUCUAUUUUAGUAGCUUACUAAACCCCACAAAUGCUCCUCAGGCAUAAAGAGGACAUUGGGAGGUACCGCUGGUACAGUGCAGUAUUUAUGACCUUCCUUUAAAAUGCUUAAUGUGAACCUAAUUUCUCAGAGGCUCUUUCAAGGUUCUGGAUGUUAUGUGCAUUACAGUAUAGUUAGACAUCAUUGUAACCUGUGUCGGGGCAGCUGUGGCUUAAGAAAGCCGUUUUUUCUCCUCUAUGUCACUUAACUAUGGCUUAAUUGGAACAUAUCAGCUUUUUAAUGUAGGUUCAUAUGCUAUAGAACUGUAAAAGUACGAAGUAAGCAGUACAUGAGUCUGGUGACAUCAUGAUAAAACCAUGAAAGCAGAGCUGAAGUGGCUUGUCAUCUGAACUCAUUUUAUAGGUCUUGUUCAUUUUUUCUGUUAUAUUUUAUAUACUACAUGGAUCUUGCUACAAAAUAAAAUAGCAGUACAAAAGAGGAGAAGUUCCCUCUUGUGUGUUGUCUCUUCCCACCAGCAGUAGCUGAGGAACAGCGAGUGGAUGCAGCCACCUUUUUAACAGUGAUACACCCUUGCUGACAGCUACUGAGGAAGAUACAUGCAGGAUCAGGGAAGAUCCUGUUAGAGCUUUAGGAUUUCACGCUUCGAUAUACCCACACUCCUAUUUUCCCUGCAGUAUUGAAUGAAACUUUGGUUUGUUGUAUGGCUAAUGUUGAAUCAGCUGCAGAUUCUUCUGUUUAUAAGGAAGAGAUUUCUUCAUUAAUGUGUGCACAGGCACGCUGGACUGCCUUUUGCUGCUUUCAAAAGCUCAAAGCAAAUGAAGGGUACUAGGAAACACGUAUUUGUAGUGUUCUGCCAUUUGCUUAAGGGGCAUGAGUGGAGAGCAUUUCAAAGUAGCAAUUGUACUGAGUUUAUGUGUGAGACAUCCCUCUUGAUCCAAAUACUAAUCAGAUAUUGAAAACUUGUGCUUGACAGUUUCUGAUGUAGCAAGUAUAUGGAAAGUAAUUUUGUGAGAGAUUAAGUGAUAGAUUCAGUAAACUUGUACAGCUUAACUUCCUAAUUCUUACAAAAUGCUCAUUUAAUUUUUGUUCUUGGUCAUGACAACUGACACAUUAAACCACCAUUCUUUCCUGUGUGACAACCAGUAAACUAACUAAAUAUGCUAGCUUAUGUCGUUACCAGUUUUCUCACUGUACCUGAAAACAGUCAACCACUUAUGAUUUGCUGCUGGAAAUACUAGAGCUUAUCAAUCAUUAAACUGAUUUUAAUUAAAAGUAACCCA